AUGGAAGCUGGCCACAUUCGGCAUAAGCCGGAUAGGAACGAAAUGCAGCGAAUCAAUGUCGAUCAGGAGAAUGCCGGCCAAGACGAGGUCGAGACAGCUACCAGUCCUACAAGCGAGAGGUUCUUCCGCUUCCUCGACCUACCCCCCGAGAUCCGCAACAUUGUUUAUUCAUACAGCACCGUCUACAGAGCGGAGGCAGAUCACCUUCGCGUCAGCAAAUGCCUGCCCAACCUACGGCAACCUCCAAUUACUCGAGUCAACAGGCAAAUACGCAAUGAAUGCUUGGCCAUCUUCUACGAGAUGCACCAUUUCUCUUUGAACUUGAACGUGCGUUUUGAGAAAUUGGCCGGAGGCGGAUACAAAAUCAUACCAGCAGCCGAGGGUCAGGCCUCUUUGCAGUCUUUCCAUGAGAUGAUUCAAGCCUUCGCCCCGAGUCCCAAGAACACAUUGCAAAUGAGCAACUUGCGUUUUCUCCCGAGCCUCACUGUCCAAAUCAAUGUCAUCAGACAUGAUAUAGGUCUUGGAUGCCUUGGCUUCCAUAUGAGCUCUACAGACGAAACAACCAUCGCUUCGCUGGCAGUUCGGGGUCUGGACUGGAACUGUCACGGGUCUGUCAAAGGGGCCUAG